AUGGAUGAUUACCGUAAUGAAGCUGUGCGAACAUUGGAAGCUCUCGUUAACCACCUUGAUCGUCUUCCUCCGAACCACACACCAGAAGCUGCGCGAUUGUGUGCAAAAGCUUGUUUGAAACUGGGUGAAUGGACAGAGAUCUUGGCUGAAAGUGCUCCGACAACGAGCGGUGGCGCUUCGUUCUCCCAUAAUGGCAGUCCACAUCGGUCGUUGUUUGGUGGGUCGCCAAUUACCGACGAGCAGACAGCUACAGAGCAAGUUAUUCGACAUUAUGCGAGAUCGACUGAGUACGAUAAAGAUUGGCACAAGGCGUGGCACAAACUUGCUUCGGCAUACUUCACCGCUCUGUCGCGCGACAAAGAGCUGUCACAAGCGGUGGCGGCGGCGGCUGUACGUUCACCCCAUACUCGCCUCAUUCACUCAACGCCUCCGCCACCAAUUCCACCUCAGCCUGCGAUGGGUUUGAUACCACCUGUAGGUGCGCCAAUACCACCACCACUUCAAGCAGCGCCCAUGACACAACCCAUGAUGCCUGUGACUGUGAAUACCGCUGGUGUACCGCUGCUACCUGUUGGCCCACCACCUCCUCCUGGCGCUCCACCAGGACCCAUGAUGCAACUUAUACCUCCUCAAUUGAGUCCAAUGCCGAUUCAUAAUCCGUCGUUGGCCACUCCUCCACCGUCUACUGUGCCUGUGAACAUUGCCUAUGCAGUUUCAGCAGUGAAAUGUUUCACGAGGGCUCUACAGCUGGCUCCUGACACCCUGCGAUUACUGCAGCUGUGGUUUGAUUACGGCGAAUAUAAUGAAGUAUACAAACAGUUGAGUGAGAAUAUCAAAGGACUACCAAUUGAGACGUGGCUUGAAGCUGUACCGCAGCUGAUGGCUCGUCUUGAUUCACGCGACAAGAUGGCAAUGCUUAUAAAACAAGUAAUCCUCGAAAUUUCCAAGAUGAAGCCACAG